AUCAAUAAAACGAGGGGGGCAGCCAACAUCACACCCCUCCACCAAUAUAAAUUAGUUCAUACUACUUUGUCAAGGAAAGGACUAGAAGAAUUUUUUGAUGACCCAAAAAAUUGGGGAGAAGAAACAGUCAAAUCAAGUGCUGCACGGACCUGUGAACAGUUAAGAUACAAGAGUAAUGAAGAUUUACACAAACUUUGGUAUGUCCUACUGAAAGAAAGAAAUAUGCUUCUCACCUUAGAGCAGGAGGCCAAAAGACAGAGAUUGCCAAUGCCGAGUCCAGAGCGAUUAGACAAGGUGUCAGAGUCCAUGGAUGCUUUGGAUAAAGUUGUUCAGGAAAGAGAUGAUGCUUUGAGACUUCUUCAGACAGGUCAAGAAAGGCCAAGACCAGGUGCUUGGAGAAAAGACAUUUUUGGAUGUAUCAUCUGGCACAAGUACAAGCAGUGGCCGAUACCUUGGUACCUAAACAAAAGGUACAACAGGAAAAGGUUCUAUGCAAUGCCUUACACGGAACAGUUUGUCAGACUGAGGCUUGAGAAGUACUUACAUGGUGAGGCCAAGAAGAAAAAUUUGCAGAGCAAGAAACAGAAAAUGCUUCAAAGAAAAUUUCCACCCAUGUCUUCAGAAGCCCAGAAUUGAAAUC